AAUGAUCUUCCUUACAUCCAUUUGGAAGCAAUCAAUUUCAGUUAUAUGUACAUUCAACAUACCUACGAAUAAGAUCCUAAUAUAUCCAACACUUUUCGAAACUUUCCACAUCGAUAAAAAGAUGAUUUAAGUGGUUUCCCUCGACUGGACUAUUGAAGCAAACAUGAAUCCAUUUUACAUUAGAUGGAUACUACUUUUCGCCACCGGUUGCAUUGAUCACAGUGAACCUUCAAAACUCACUUUGAACAUCGAUUCUGGUAAUUGGACUCAGAGUCAAACGCAUUGGCCAACUCACGAAAUAAAACACAUCUGGGCAAUUAAACAAUUCAGUCUACAUGAGAAAUUCAACACUAGUGAGAUUUCAUCGCCCAUGUUACACGCGUCCACAACUGAUAAAUAUGAAUGGUACGUUAGAAUUAUACCUAAUUACAUUGUUGAGGGAAAUGAAACAUUCUGUUUGUGGAUACAUCUAUCCGACGGCAGUACGGUUAGAAAGGUGAAUGCGGGAUUCAAUGUUUCAAUUAUAAACGAGAAAAAAGAAGUAUUACUCGAACGCACUCCAAAGCCAGACACAAGAGAUUUUACAGCCGGAAGAUUUGGAAAGGUUCGGGGUUGGUAUAACUUUUGCAAAAAAGAUGAUUUUUUCAGAAAUCAAUUACUCCAGAACGACACAUUAACACUAUUUAUCUACAUAAGAUGGAUUUCUGAAUUUUCCAACGACGCUCCUCAUCAACUUGAAAUUAUUUCUUCAUCCAAUCCCACACCUGAAGCUACCACUAAGAAAAGUAAUCUUUCUGAAAACUUGGAAUCGAUGCUGGAAAAUCCGAAAUUCGCAGAUGUCUUUUUUAUAACGAAUGGAAGCAGUUAUCCAGCCCAUAAAAAUAUUUUAGCCUCAAAAAGUCCGAUUUUCAGCGCCAUGUUUCAACGAAAGGAUUCGAAAAAUGGAAAAUCGAAAAAAAUUCGAAUAAACGUUACCCACAUGGACGAAAAAGUGUUACGUGCGAUGCUACGAUACAUUUAUACAGGAAAGUGUGAACUGUUGGGGGAACUAACGAACAAAUUAUUUGAAGCUGCUAAAAAAUACGGUUUGUACGGAUUAAGAGAAACUUGCCAGCAAACUUCGUUUGGUUGAAUUUGCUUUACAAUAAGAUUUUUUUCUACUGAAAUAAAAUAUGUAAUAGGUAUCAUCUAAGUUGUACUCAUUCACAUAAAGUUAUUUGUACGUACGCACAAAUGGUGCACUGCUCA